AUGAUAAAUAAAAAAUCUUCAACAAAAUAAGCAACAAGAAUGGUAACAUAGGCAAACGAUUAAUAAGAAGUAGUUACAGUAAAAUAGAUAAAUUAUUUUAAGUAAAAUCAAUAAGCAUCCAAAUACACUUUAAAUUAAAUUGUAGGAAAUGGGACAUUUGGAAUGGUUUAUUUGGUAAAGAGGUAAGGUUAUGAUAGGCUACAAAUAAUUAAACUAAUGAAAAAGUUGCCAUUAAAAAGGUGUUCUAAGAUAAGCGUUAUAAGAAUAGAGAGCAUUUAAUAAUAUAAGAAUUGAAUAAUCCAUGUGUUGUAAAAUUAAAAGAGGCAUUUUUUACAUAAGGUGAUAAAGUAAUGAAAAGUUAAUUUAUAAAGGGAGAUGAUGUUUAUUUAAAUUUGGUUAUGGAUUAUAUUCCAGAUGCAUUAAGUAAGGUGAUCAGAUAUUAUAAGAAGGCGAAAUAACUUUUUCCAGUAGUUUUGUUGAAAAUUUAUAGUUAUUAAAUGUUUAGAGCUUUAGCAUAUUUAGAAGGUAGAUGUUAUUUUAAUAAUAAUUAAGGUGUUGGAAUAUGCCAUCGAGAUAUUAAACCUUAGAAUAUUUUAGUUGAUCCAAAUAGUCAUAUACUAAAGAUUUGUGAUUUUGGUUCUGCAAAGAAAUUACAAAAAGGAGAACCUAACGUUGCUUAUAUAUGUUCCAGAUAUUAUAGAGCACCCGAAUUAAUAUUUGGAGCAACUGAAUAUUCAACUGCUAUAGAUAUGUGGUCUAUAGGUUGUGUGAUAGCCGAAAUGACAAUUGGUGAUCCUUUGUUUCCAGGUGAAAGUGCCAUCGAUCAAUUAGUGGAAAUCAUUAAAAUUCUUGGAACUCCAACUCUUGAAUAAGUGAAAUUGAUGAAUCCUAUGCAUAAGGAAUUCAAAUUUCCACAAAUAAAGAGUCAUCCUUGGAAUAAAGUAAUUAAAUUUCAUAUUAAAUCAUACUUAGGUGUUCCAAAAAUUUAAACCUGAUCCUUUGUUUGUGGAUUUGAUAUCUAAAAUUAUGUUGUACCCUCCUAAAGAAAGAUUGAGACCAUUAGAAGCUUUGUCUCAUCCUUUCUUUAAUGAAAUUAGGGAUGAAAAAUUUGGAAUUCCAAAUGUAUAAUUGCCUAACUUUUUUGACUUUUCAAAAGGUAUAAAAUAAUACCAAUUUUUAGAGGAAUUAUAGAUAUAACCUGAAAUUUCAUUUAAGUUAACUCCAUAAUGGUAUUCACAAAAGAGGAUAUGAACUUAAUUAUUUUUAUAAAUGAAUCCAAUUAGUGUCUACCCUCUUAAAUUUAAUCAUCAAGAUUCUAUGGCCAAUUCUUUUGUGUUCAAACGAAAGCAUAACCAUCUGAUUGUACAUACAAUUUUCAAAUAAAGUAUCGCUAAAUUAGAAUUUAGCC